AUGCCGAAUGAAGCCCAGAGCACCAGCAACUACGAUGUUUUCCUUAGUUUUAGAGACCAAGAUACCCGCUACUCCUUCACUGGUACCCUCUACAAUGCUUUGCGACGCAAGAGAAUCAAUACCUUUUUCGAAGAUGAUGGUUUUGACCGACACAUGAGUGGCAACCCAAUUUCACCCUCUACUCUUAAAGCAAUUGAAAAUUCAAGGAUUUCAAUCGUUGUUCUCUCCGAAAACUAUGCAUUCUCCUCAAGGUGUCUUGAUGAACUUGUCAAGAUCCUCGAGUGUAUGAAGACUUACGGUCAACUUGUCUUUCCAAUCUUUUACAAACUCGAACCGUGGGACGUAAAGCGCCAGAUAGGUUAUGCCAAGGAUGUAUUGAAAGAAAGAUUGGGAGAUUAUUACCACGAGAGGGUGCAGCUAUGGAGUGAAACUUUGGAUGAAGUCGUCGAAUUGAAUGGAUGGAUUUUCAAAACUGGGUAUGAAUAUGAAUUAAUCCGAAAGGUUGUGGAAUCAGCUGUCCAAUCCUUGCCCCGUUAUGAUGUUUUUCUCAGUUUUACUGGAGAAGAUACUCGCUACUCCUUUACAGGUUUUCUAUAUAAUGCUUUUCGCCGAGAGGGAUUCAAAAUCUUCAUGGAUGAUGAGGGAUUGGAGGGUGGAAACCAAAUUUCACUUGCUCUUAUCAGAGCAAUUGAAAAAUCAAAGCUUUCAAUAGUUGUUUUCUCAGAAAACUAUGGAUAUUCCACGUGGUGUCUUGAUGAACUCGCCAAGAUCAUUGAGUGUAUGAAGACGAAGAAUCAAUUGGUUUGGCCCAUAUUUUACAAAGUGGAACAAUCGGAUGUAAGCAAUCAAACGAAAAGUUAUGGAGCUGCCAUGGGUAAACAUGAAGAAAAGUUCGGAAAGGACUCUGAGAAUGUAAAGAAAUGGAGAUCUGCUUUGUCUGAAAUAGCUAACUUGAAAGGACAUCAUCGCAAAGAAAAUGAGUACCACUAUGAAUUUAUCGAAAGGAUUGUGGAAAUGGCCAUUGAUGCUGAAAAUCACUAG